AUGUCAGAAUUUUAUAAAAACCUUUCAAAUGAUUUUAUUGCGUUACUUGAUAAUUCGGAUGAUUAUAACGUUGUUAUUAGAGUAGGGGAAGAAGAAAAGGCGUUUCGAGCACACUCAGUUAUUCUUAGGGCGAGGUCACCAUAUUUUAAAACAGCAUUAUCAAGUGAUUGGGCGAGAAAAGAAGGUGGUUCUAUAAUGUUCACCAAACCAAAUGUUACCCCUACCGUCUUUGAAAUUAUUCUAAAAUACAUAUAUUCAGGAGAUAUAGAUCUAAAUAGCAAGGAUACUUCUGAUAUACUUGAAUUACUCAUUGCAUCUGAUGAAUUAUUAUUACAAGAAUUGUUUAAUCAUGUACAAUCUUAUUUAUUAACCAACAAAAAGGAAUGGAUUAAAAAGAAUGUAGUCAAAGUUCAUCGUACGAUCAAUUCACAUGAAGGUUGUCAAAAAUUGCAAAAUUUUUGUUUAGAAACAAUUUGUAAAAAUCCUUUAUUGGUGUUUAAAUCGGAUGAUUUUUCAACAUUUGAGGAAUCAUUAUUAUUACCAUUAUUAUCUAGGGAUGAUUUACAAAGCGAAGAGAUUGAAGUAUGGGAUCAUUUGAUUCAAUGGGGUAUUUCUCAAAUGGAUCAAUCAUCAUCUUGUCCCCCUUCAAAAGAUGUUUCAAAGUGGGAGAAGAAAGAUUUUAAAGAAUUGCAAAGGAUUUUAAAAAAUUGCAUACCUUUAAUAAGAUUUUUUGAAAUCUCCUCAAGUGAAUUUUAUGAUAAAGUUUACCCUUAUCAAUCAAUUUUACCAAAAGAUUUAAAGGAAGAUUUGAUGAAAUAUUAUUUAAAAUCGGGAGUUGUUAAACCACAAAAUUGGUUAAGUAAACCAAGGGUCAUUUCAUUUGAUUCAACAUUGAUUAAACAAGAACAUGUGGCGAGGUUAUGUGAUUGGAUAGAUAGAAAAGAUGGUAAACCAUAUACAUUUGAAAACGUUCCUUAUAAAUUUAGAUUGUUAAUCCGGGGUACGAAAGAUGGGUUUGAAUCGGAAACUUUUCAUGAAAAAUGUGAUCAUAAGGGUCCAACAAUUGUUGUAAUGCAGAUAGCUUAUUCGGGAGAAUUGGUUGGUGGUUAUAAUCCUAUCGAAUGGUCGACCGGAGAUUCUAGAAUUACGACACAAAAUAGUUUCUUAUUUAGCUUUCCUAAACAAGGUAACAUCGCUGAUGCCAAACUAUCUAGGGUAAACAGGCCUGGUUAUGCCAUACGUGUAAAAGACAAAACUCACGGUCCUUGUUUCGGUGAUAAAGAUUUAUGGAUGAAACAUAAUUUUAAUGCUUAUGAUAGUUGUUCUUCUGAUAAGGACGAUUAUCAAGAUAGGGUUACGACUUUAUCCAAAUUUUGGGUUAUAGAAUAUGAGGUAUUUCAAGUUAUCAAAAAGUGA